CUCUGCUUGUCUGUCCCAGUUCGAUUAGUAUAAGAUGAUUCUGGAGGUGACUACGGGUUGUGGUUUUGCCACAUCAUGUUCAGCACGUCUACCACCAAGGAAAAGAUGUCAUUCUAACUGUUACAAAGUCGUGUGGAAGUUGAACCAAGUCUCAAAUUUCAAGGCCCCAGUAUCCACCUUGGAGAUCCACCAUAGAGUCAGAGGAUGUGAAUGCUUUGAUGUGUACAAAGAGCUCGUUCCUUAUCAGGAGGCAUGGUCCUGGCAAAAAUCUGUAGUAAGAAAAAGGCUGGCUUUGAUAGGAAGAGAUGACGAUUGCUGUGACAAUCUAAUUAUUCUUCAACACCCUCCUGUUUAUACAUUGGGAACUGGUAGUUCUGAGGAAUACUUGAAUUUUGACCGGAAGAAUGCUCCAUAUGAUGUUUACCAAACAGAACGUGGUGGGGAGGUCACGUUCCACGGACCGGGUCAGCUAGUCAUGUACCCCAUUCUCAAUUUGAGGUAUCACAAGAUGGAUCUUCAUUGGUACCUAAGGGCACUUGAGGAGGUGGUAAUCCGAGUUCUUUCAUCGACAUUUUCUAUCAAGGCUUCUCGACUUGAUGGUCUUACUGGUGUUUGGGUUGGCAAUCAGAAGCUAGCUGCCAUUGGGAUUCGGGUCUCUCGAUGGAUAACAUAUCAUGGCUUAGCACUGAAUGUUACCACGGAUCUAACACCCUUUCAACAUAUAGUUCCCUGUGGCAUAAGGAACCGUCAGGUUGGAAGCAUUGAGGGACUCCUGCGAGAAUCUGGACCAUCUAGUGGAUGGAGAACAGAAAACACUUCUCAUCACCUGAUAGAUGUUACUCAUGAUUCCUUGCUCAAGGAAUUCUCUGAAGUUUUUCAGCUUACACUGAACCACAAAUUCUUUUCCUGCUCCAACUUUCUAAAGGAAGAACCAUUGAACCCACUGUGAAUCUAAUUUGGGGGAAUGAUCGAGAAGUAAGAUGGUGCAUGGUCUUUUUCACUUCAGAGAGGAAUCAGUUAUGU